UGCGCUGUUCGUGCAUUCAACGAACCCAACAGUCAGCCGGGCCAGUUGUCGUUGAUGUCGGACCCAUUUUUUCUGGGUAUCACAGUGCUAACCCCCUCGCAUUUCAUUGCGCCGAGGAGAGUUUAAGUCUGUGGAAAUGAAAUUAACAGUUCCGAUAGUGUGCGAUAAUGUGAGACCUUCCAACAACAUCGCAUGUGGGGUCAAUAUUGACUACUUCACACCAGAUUAUGGAACUUGCCCCAAUGCUGAAGGCAACUUCCCAGGCGGAUGUUCAGUGGCACUUAACGAAACGUCAUUUGACAGAACGAUAACUGUGAGCGUCAGUGCUGCGGAAACAGGACAGUACGGCGUUGCCGGGAAGUUCACUCUGUUCUUACAAAUACCCAGAACUAGAGGAGUCGCCUUUUUUUCAGUCCCUUACAAACUGCCUGCAAUAGAGGUUGAAGUACUUCCAGAGAUGGAUCGACAAUGGCGAGGAAAACUAUGUACAGCCCGAAAUGAUCCACACAUGUAUACAUUUGAUGGCAGGUCCUAUGAACAUCACGCUGAAGAAGGAGAUUACAUCUUGUACAAGCACUCUGUGUAUGGAAAUGUCGAGGUCCAGCAUAGAAUCGCAAAUUGCACGGAUGGCCAAAGUCGAGCGAAAUGUAAUUGUGGCGUUGCAGUAAGGGCCGGACGUGACGUCUACGUCAUCAACGUGUGUAACGGAUACAUCGACAUUGGCUACAGGCAGUGCUGGGAUAAGGCGUUAACAGUGAAAAAGGAAAACGACUAUACUUACACGAUCUAUUUGCCAUACGGCACUGCAGUCCGGGCGCGGAUAGACAGCGCACCUUUUAUGGGUGAGCAAGGAGGCAGAGUUUUGGACAUUUCCGUAAAUCCAUCGAUUCAAGAUAGCAGUGGAAAAAGUACAGGAUUAUGUGGAUCCCUUAAUGGUAAUUCGUCUGAUGAUUUUGACAAUGAAUCACAAUUUAUUAACCAAUGGAUAGUGCAAAGAAGUGCAUCGUUGUUUACCAAAGAUUCGUAUAAUAAAGAUCUUGAGCCUUGGGUUUUUCCAACAUGCACAUGCAAGAAAACCACUGGAGGAAACGGCGCAUAUUCGUGUGACAGGAGUAUCGCGGGCUGUACUCGAGGGACGCUUGCUGGUUACCAUAGUUGCGGUGAGCUUAUAGAAAGUCGUCCAGUGAGAUCCACGUCAAUAAAAUCAAGAAAACCAGAGAUAAAGAUACCAGUCUUACAUCAGCGAUUCCAUGUCCGAAAUCGUCGAAGCACAGGCGUAUGGACGGACGAUAAGGCUCGAGCACAUUGUGAGCACGAAUUAAAAGCAAUACAUGACAUGUGCAAUAAAAUUCCAGAUACACACACGAACGUUUCUUUGGAAAACUGCGUACUGGAUAUAAUGAUAACGAAUACAUCAUUCUGGUUAGCGAUGUCCAGGCAGUCAAUGUUGCAAACAUGUCAAAAUGAGAUCCAGCGUAACAGUACUGUCAUUAAGGAUUUAAUUGAAAGAGCGGAGAACAAAAACAUAACAAGCACAGGGGCAGCAGAAACACAUACAAGUUUAACAACUGCCGCUCCACAAACGCUUGCUGUAUUGAACAUUUUAAAGGAAAUUUUGAAAACCUCUGAAAACAUUCAAGACAAUUUUUGCAUGAAUAAUUGCAGUGGAAAUGGGACUUGCGUUAACGGAACUUGUCUAUGCAACUCGGGUUUCGGCGCGGUUGAUUGUUCUAUUGAUCUACAAAAACCGCCAAAAAUAUCUGGAAUAUUAGAUGGUGGACUUUGUGACCAGAACAAGACAGACUGUUCUCAGAUUGUUGUCUUUGGUGGAGAAUUUACAUCGUCUAACUUGACUUGCAGAUUGAACACAUUUUAUUUUGACAUACACGGAACACCUCACAAUGAAAGUGGAAUUGAAGUUCCUGGACACGCUGAAACAAUAGUGGAAACGAUAUGUCCUCUCCGAGGAUUGCGACAACGUAGAUCAAUCGACAAUAGGUUUGUUGUCGGAGUCCAUGUAUCCGUUAGUAACGACGGUCAAAACUACGAUGAACACAAGCAAGGGUUAGCCUACAUCUAUAACUCGCAAUGCCAGACGCAUAGUUAUGCAAAAGAUACCAAAUGGCUAUAUACGUUUUCCCUGAAGGAUGAUUUCUGCUUCAUCGAAGGCCAGUGCUACUAUAACGGCACUUUUCACAUUUCACAAAAGAUGGUAUGUGAUCCGCUCGCCAACCAAACAUCAUGGACACCGUAUACACCUGACUGCAUUAAAUCAGACUUGUGCAAGACGAAACGCAAUUCUGUCUGCGAGGUCAUGAACAAUACAGUACAGUGUUCAUGCGCUCGAGGUUACACUCAAAAUGAAUCCGAUUCAAACGACUGUUCAGAAAUUUCACUGACAACUAUUCUUCCGGAUGAAGUGUAUGAUGGCAGACACAGCCAUGUUGUUGUUGAACUUAAGUUGGACUACAGCUUACCGCAAGGUUUAACAUUGAAUUCGUCUACAACCUACGAACGAUACGAACUUGAACUUAGAACCAAGCUUACGGAAUACUACAAAGACCUUCUUGCAGAACAGUUUUCAAAAGUGGUUAUAACAGCAAUUAAAAUCGGAAGUUUAAUUGUCGAACAUUGGGUGGUUUACGUACAAAAUGAGCACAAUUCUGUCAAUGUUUAUGACGCGAUGACUCGUCAUUCGGAAAGGCCGCUGGUGAUCUUUGAUCAGACAGUACACGUGUUGAAUGUAUCAAUUGUUAACAACGAAGGAUGUACAUCGCCCAUGACAUGUAGCAAAAAGAAUAACUCUCUCUGCGAAGUUUUGGAUGGUGUAACUCGGUGUUCAUGCAUUCGAGGUUACAUCGAAAGUAAAUCUACCCCAAGCACAUGUGUCGAAAAUACCCAUGCAAUUAUUGUUCCGGACGAAAACACUCUGUCUGAUGACGCCCAUGGUGUCUUGCAAGUGGAAAUAAAGUUGGGCUACUCAUUACCUCUGCACAAAUCCUUAAAUACGUCCGACACUUACGAUCAUUAUGUAAAAGAACUUAACAUAUCGUUGACCGAGUUCUACAAAGACGAAAUAGGGCAUUGGCUUUCAAAAGUUGUCAUUCGAGAUAUAAGAACAGGAAGUCUAUACGUGGACCACUUAGUUGUGUAUGAAAAGCGCGAACAAAUUCUGAGCGAUGUGACACAGGCGGUAGUGAAAUUGGCCGAGAACGGUCUUGUAAUUUAUGAUAAAACAUACAACGUCACCAAUGCUUUCAUUGGUAAAGAUAAAGUUCCCCUACACGACAAUUCGGAAGAGAAGAAGUCUGCAAAAUGCCUUGUAUAUACUAGUAUCCAUCCAUGUAACGAUGACGAACAAUGUGAGGUAGACGCUAAGGUCGUUCGUUGUGUUAAAAAGAAAAUUACACAGGAUGCCGACUCGAAACUGCUCUUAAUAGUUUCGGCUGCGGUUGGUGGUGUUUUGUUCAUGAUCAUUGUCGUGCUGGUGGUCAUUGUGUGCAAAAAGAAAGCCAAGCAGCCACUUGAGAUGGACCAUCUUGAACCGAAGGUGCAUGACAACACGUACCAAGACAUCUCCGCACGGGAAAUGUCCGUGUUCAAGGAUGACAAGUCGGAUGUGUACAAGAUCCCUCGCGCCAAACUGUCUGGGUCCCAGCUUUCCUUUAAACAGAGUCUAGCUGCAGACGUCAGGCCAGGCUCUCUGUAUGAGAGAAAUCGCCGUGAGACAGAGGCCGACCGAAACCAAUAUGAUGGGCUGCCACAACGAGGUCAAAGUUACUACAAUACUGGCAUGCUGUUGUAACACGUGGAUGUUAUUUGUGUUUGUGGCUUAAAUGCCUUAACAAUAAUGUAGUUUAACAUUUAGUGUAUCCAAGAGUUAUUUUUUUUGCUAAUUUUGUUAAAUGCAAAGUCGAACAUGUUUAAUUUUUGUUUGUGAACAUGCAUAUAAUCAGACUGAUUUUGUUGUAUUUUUUAUGUUUGAAAUAGUCAAUACCUAUACACAUGUUUUAUUUUUGUUUGCGUUAUAAAUGAAGUUGUCAAUUAGGAUUCGUAAAUAAAUAAAUAAAAGCGGGCAUACAAGUUUUAAACGUUAUAUCCAUCAUAUUAUUCUAACGACACAUAUUCUUCAUAAUUGUCGUAUAUCAUUUUAUUAAUAUGCGUCAAAAAUAAAUGUAAUUUUUUC